UACAUUCACAAUCACAAGUAAUAAAAUUGUUCAAAACAUGUAAUUUUAUAAUUUUUUUAGCUUGUUAAAAUAAUUAGGUCUAAAGAUUGUUCUUGUGUCAUGUAGCUCAUAUCCCUUUGCAAUUGAAAUUUCUUAUAUCAAGGGGAUGCUUAGAUCUGAAACAAUGAGAUCUGAAGAUGUGAGGCAAUAGAUCCUAAUUCUAAAAAAAUUCUAUCGAAAGAAAAUCAAGCAGUGACUAUGUUGUUGCAUCUUCUCAAAGAUCUGAAGAUGUGAGGCAGUAGAUCCUAUUUCUAAGAAAAUUCUAUCAGAAGAAAAUCAAACAGUGACUAUGUUGUUGCAUCUUCUAAAAGGCCCCUUCGCAAUUGAAAACAUUUCGUACAAUCAAAUUUAUUCAUAGUGCAUUCUUCAAAUUUGAAGCAGUGAUCAAAUAGAACAUCACAUUUUGGUAUUGAAGAGAUUUUAUCAGUCAAACGAUGAUCAUGUCAUUGCAUCUUUAUCGUUAUUCAAACAAAGGGAGUAAAACUUUGGAGUAAAUGAGAAAAAAAAAAGAUACAACUGAGACGGGGGUUCCAAAAGGUCCCAUUUUUCAAAAUAUUCAUCUUGCUUUGCUGAGAGUCUAUCUGCCCGCUGCCGCCGAUUGCCGUCGCCGCUGCUCGUCGUCUUCAUCUGUGAGGAACCGUUUGAAUUGCGUUGCACAAUGCCAUCUCUCCAAACAGCAUUACCCCCUGAACUUGCCAACAACGCCAUCCGACUUUAUCGAGAGUGUCUACGACGAGCAAAAUACAUUGGCAGUAAGCAACAUAACACACAGCUUCUUGUUGGUAUGGUGAGACAGCAGUUCAAAAAGCAUAUGCAUGAGACUGAUCCAGAUAAAAUUCAGAAAUUAAAGGAUGAUGCCGCGAGGGGGCUUAUAAAUCACAUGCUGCAUGAAUCUGAGAAGAUGACUGGCCGGAAAUUCAGCCAGGGUUCUUGAAAUCGCCUGCUAGCGAAAUAUCAAUGCAGAGACAAUAAAGACACACUCUAAAUUUUGCCUAUUAAUGCUCAACUUUUUCUAAUCUACCUUUUUUGGACAGUAGUUUUUAGGCUGCCUUCUCCACAUCUUUGUUAGUUGAAAAACUGUAGUGUCUCAAUUGAUAAUCUUUAAAUGAUGAGUGUGAAGUGGCCCUUUUUGGAAUAAGCAAUUCAUUAUCAACGUGUUUGGAAUUUCAAUGUCUA